AAUCCACCAUGAAGCCUCCUGCUGCUUGUUGCUAAGGGGGGGGGCAGCCGACCAGGGGGGAGCGGAGUGGACCAGACGUUACUUUGGCUUUUCUACAGGACUCUGAGAAAAUGGCGGAGGGGUCCAAAGACCAGGGGGGUUCGGGCGCCACCGAUCCAGAGGAAGACUCCCCCAAUAUGAUCGUCUACAGAAAGAUCGAAGACAUCGUUACUCGAAUACAGGACGAGAAAGCAGGAGGCGUACCUGUGCGCACCGUCAAGAGCUUCCUCUCCAAGAUCCCCAGUGUGGUGUCAGGGGCGGACAUCGUCCAGUGGCUGAUGAAGAACCUCUCCGUAGAGGACCCAGCCGAAGCCAUCCACCUGGGCAGCUUGAUCGCCGCCCACGGCUACAUCUUCCCCAUCUCCGACCACGUCCUGACCCUGAAGGACGACGGGACGCUGUACCGCUUCCAGUCUCCGUACUUCUGGCCUUCAAACUGCUGGGAACCCGAGAACACAGAUUACGCCAUUUACCUGUGCAAGCGCACCAUGCAGAACAAAGCCCGGCUGGAGCUGGCAGACUACGAGGCCGAGAACCUGGCGCGGCUGCAGAGGGCCUUCGCCAGGAAGUGGGAAUUCAUCUUCAUGCAGGCUGAAGCUCAAGUCAAAAUUGACAGAAAGAAGGACAAGGCAGAGAGGAAGAUCCUUGACAGCCAGGAGAGGGCAUUCUGGGACGUCCACAGGCCCGUGCCAGGCUGCGUCAACACCACCGAGAUGGACAUCCGCAAGUGCCGGAGAGAGAGGAACCCACACCGGGUCAAGAAGUCAGUGUACGGAGUCCCGGACGACGGGCAGAGCCAGCCCAGCCCGGUCCACAUCAGCUCCCAGCCCACCAGGAAGCCCACCAAAGAGGACGUUCAGAAGGAGAUCACCUUCCUGAACAUCCAGCUGGACAGACACUGCAUGAAGGUUUCCAAAGUGGCCGACAGCCUGAUGUGCUACACGGAGCAGUUCAUGGAGUACGACCCCUUCGUGGCGCCCACCGAGCCCUCCAACCCCUGGAUCAGUGACGACACCUCCUUCUGGGACCAGGAGGCCAGUCGAGACCCGAGUCAGCAGCGCGUGAAGAAGUGGGGCUUCUCCCUGGAGGAGGCCCUGAAGGACCCCGUCGGGCGAGACCAGUUCCUCAAGUUUCUGGAGUCAGAGUUCAGCUCAGAAAACUUACGGUUCUGGCUGGCCGUGCAGGAUCUGAAGCGUCGGCCGCUCCAGGACGUCUCCUCCAGGGCGCAGGAGAUCUGGCAGGAGUUCCUGGCUGAGGGGGCGCCCAGCUCCAUCAACCUGGACUCGCACAGCUACGAGCGCACCAGCCAGAACCUGAAAGACCCCGGACGAUACAGCUACGAGGACGCUCAGGAGCACAUAUUCAAGCUAAUGAAAAGUGACAGCUAUGCACGCUUUUUGCGAUCCAACAUCUACCAGGACCUCCUGUUAGCCAGAAAGAAGCAGCCAGCAGACACUGAGCAGGGCCGCCGCACCUCCCUGGAGAAGUUCACGCGCAGCGUGGGCAAGUCGCUGACGGGGAAGCGCCUGACAGGCCUGAUGCAGUCGUCCUGACAGAGCCCCCGCCGGGGGGAGCCGGGCUGGACGGGGCUCUCAGACACUGCUGCCAUAUUGGUAGUGCAGCCCUGAACCCCCCCCCCCCCACCCCCCCUCCUCCUCCUCCCGCUGACGGAGGGACGGUGCCGACGUGAGGACCCUCGGUCAACGCUUCACCCGGCAUGCAGCUCAUCCAGCGUCUCCCGGACGGCUCCGUUUAUGGUGUUUCCAUCCUGUUUUAUAGCUAUAAAUAUAUAUAUAUAUAUGUGUGUCCCUUGGAAUUGAACAUGUCUGGUAUUGCAACAUUAUUGGAAAAAAAUGAAAACU